GAAAAAACUUGAAGCCGACUCUCUCUCUCUCUCACCUCAUUGUUUAUAUAUAGACAUAUUUCAUUCUCUUUCGUCUUGCCUAUAUACUCCUUACUUCUAUAUUUUCUCUCCCUCUUUCUACCCAAGUUUCUGUUUCUUGUUGCAAAAGUAUAUGGUCUCCUCCUUGUAUUGUUUUUCUUCAUGCCCCGAUAACCAUUAUAUAUAUAUAUAUAUACAUACACAUAAAUAUCAAAGAAAAAAUGAGUUGCAAUGGCUGUCGAGUCCUUCGAAAAGGAUGCAGUGAUAACUGUAUUCUGAGACCUUGUUUGCAAUGGAUCGAAACCCCUGAAGCCCAAGGACACGCUACUGUAUUUGUAGCUAAGUUUUUUGGCCGUGCUGGACUCAUGUCCUUCAUUUCCGCCGUUCCAGAAAAUCAACGACCUGCUUUGUUCCAGUCCUUAUUAUACGAAGCUGCUGGGAGAACAGUGAACCCAGUGAACGGCGCCGUAGGCUUAUUAUGGACAGGCAAUUGGCACGUCUGUCAAGCGGCGGUGGAAACCGUCCUCCGCGGCGGCGCGUUACGGCCGAUCUCCGAAUUUCUCGGCGCGUCGGUAGAGAUUGAUGAAGUGUCUGAUUGCACCGAUGUGUUUAAGCUUCAGGAUCCUAGUCUAAACAUGCGGCCGAAGAUGCAAAAACGGCGUCGUUUCCCUGAGGAAAAUUCAAUGUUAGCGGAUCUCGAUCUCAGUUUAACACCAAGGUUUAAUCAGAAGGUGUAUAAUAGCCACACUUUGCCGGAGAAUCAUCGGCGACCAGGAACUCCGUCGAUGAAUUCAGAAGAAUCUGGAACUACUACUUGUUUUGAGAGUACUGGUGUUAUUGGAGAUCAUCAAGGAAAAGAACCCAAAUUACUCAGCUUGUUCAAUUAGUUUGUACUAAUAUUUUCUUUUUUACUAUGGGGAAGGGUUUUACCCGGAAGUAAAUUCCGGCGAGUUUUUGUAAAUCAUUGGCACUGGAUUUCCUUUCUUUCAGGCUUCUUUAAUACGAACAGUAGAAAGGAGGGGAAAGUGAAAGUUUGCUGGUGAUUCCUUCCUUUUUUUCUUAUUGUUUUUUUUUUGUUUUCGUGUUCCAUAACGAGUCUUUAUGAAUGUUGGACAUUGAAUAAACUUAUUGUUAAUCUUCCUUUACUA